AAACGACGCCGUCGGCUGCACAGGAUCCAUGCACGCAUAGUCGCAUACACAAUAUAAAGCUCUCCGCGCCUUCCACAAAUUUCUCACUUGCCUUAGCCAGGCAGUGAAAACAAACAAAGCUCUCUCUUUUUUUUUUUGGUAAACACAAAGCUCUCUCUUCUCUCUAUGGUUUCAUCUCAAUAUACAAAAAUAAAUCAGGUUUUGAGAACAAUAUAUCAAAUAUUUAUGAAAAAAAAAGAAAUAGAGUCUCGAGCAAGAACGAGAUGUCGAUAAGACGUAUCUAUCGAUGCCUUAAUGUUCUCAUCAAAAGAUCAAGUCCUUCCUUCGUAUGAUCCAACACAAGACCACAACUCUUUAAUCUCUCUCUCUCUCUCUCUAACUUCAGUUAUUACGAUCACGAAUCAAGAUUCAAGAAUGGUACGGACACCGUGUUGCAGAGCGGAAGGGCUGAAGAAAGGAGCAUGGACUCACGAAGAAGACCAUAAGCUCAUCGCCUACGUCCAACUUCACGGUGAAGGAGGCUGGCGAACCCUUCCUGAUAAAGCUGGUCUAAGAAGAUGUGGCAAAAGCUGCAGACUGAGAUGGGCCAAUUACCUUAGACCUGACAUUAAGCGUGGUGAGUUUAGCCAAGAGGAGGAAGAUUCCAUCAUUAGACUCCAUGCCAUUCAUGGCAACAAAUGGUCGGCGAUAGCUCGUAGAUUACCUGGAAGAACAGAUAACGAGGUCAAGAACCACUGGAACACUCACAUCAAGAAACGUCUGAUCAAGAAAGGUAUCGAUCCGUUGACCCACAAAUCACUUAAUGGUAAAUCAUCUGACCAUCCCGAGACACCGCCGGAUAAAAGCAGCGUUCAUCAGGAUGAUGAUGAUCAAAAGUCAAACAAGAAUAAUGCGUUAGGAUCAUUAUCAGCUCGGUUCUUGAACAGAGUAGCAAACAGAUUUGGUAAAAGAAUCAACCAAAGUGUUCUGUCUGAUAUUAUUGGAAGUGGUGACCCAUUUACUAGUUUCACUACUCCUACUACAAGUGCUUCUGAAUGUGAAAAGUCAUCGAGUUCUUUCUCCAAACCAAACUCUUCAGAUCUCCUCAUUAAUGAAAACAUGAUCCUCGAUGCAACAUCUUUGUCCUCGUCCACGUUCUCUAGCGACACCUCUGACCCCUCAGUAUACGACCAUAUCUUCGAUGACUUAGAAGAUAUGACCGCAUUUUCAUCAAGAUUUUUGAAUGAUGUUGUAUCUCAUGAUGAUGAAGAUUUCUUGAUGUUGGAUGAAUCUUGUUUGGAGAAAACUUCGUUCAUGAGGGAACUUACAAGGAUUCUUCAAGACGAUAAAAUUGAGACGACUAUGUGUAGUGAUAGUCGUGUGACACCAAUCAGUGAAGUUGAUGUUUCCUUUGAAGGGAUUGACAACUAUUUUGGAUAAAGUAAACAUAAAUGUCAAGAGUUUAAUACUUUUAUAAUGACGAUGAUGAUGAAAAUUGAGUUUGUAAUUGAUUUUGCUGUGUUUUUAAAAAGUUUGUAUGGGUUUCUGGCUUAUAGUGAUGUUGUUCGAUCUGUAGGGAGCUACAAAUUGAUAAAACUAAUGUAAAAUGUAUGGUAUGUUUGAAUCAGAAGAGACAUUCAAACACUGAUUAACAAAAUACUCUCUCUGUAUAAAGAAUGUCAUUUUAACUUUUUAAUUUUGUUUCAAAAAAGUGUCAUUCUAUAUUUUCAAUGUAAAUUUUCGCAUUAAAUCA